CCCAGGUGUGAAUUUUGUUACUCACCUGUCUUGCGCGAAAGUUAGUACUUUCUAUUGCUUUUCGUAAGUCUGGUAAUUGUUUUCUUUGGUGUAAAUCGAUCAAAUCGUUUACCACUUUUCCGGUUGGCGGUUUGCCGAAAGCCACUACCAAUUUGUUGUGGUCUAUCUUUGUCCGUUGAUGACGUAGGGGCGGGGGCACGUCUCGUAACUGGUCGGUUCGUGGAGGUAGUUGUUGUUGAUCUACGAAAUUUACUCGGGAAAAGUUUCGACACACCUCCUUGUUCUUUUACAAGCUCUCCUAAUUGAUGCUCCGAAAACAAAUGGUUACCCGAAGGAGGGAUAGAAUGAAGCAACUCGUUUAGAGUUUUAUUAGCCGGUUUGUAAAUUGCCCUUCUUUGUUGGAUGACUUCUGCCCGUUUACCACAGGUGUAUUGUAGGAGAGCAUCUGACGUUUUUCUGAACGUUGAAUCUGGGGCCAAGAAGUUUUUAUUAAUUUCCCGUCUUACUUGUGGCGAAGCCUUUUGGUAGAUCUCUUGAAAUGUAUCACGCUGCUGUAACAGCCCAUGUGUUAUAGCUCCCAGACAUAAGUCCAUUUUUUCAAGUACAGAUACAAGCUGCCACGGGGAUGUAACGGUAGCAAGAUUACUAUUUACUUUUAGGGCUGUGAAUACUCGACUACUACUAUAGAGUUGCCUAGAACAAUUUCUGUACUUCUGCAUACCGUAUAUUUUGCCAGCUUUCGGAUCCAAAUCUUUGACAUGCUAUGCCUUGGUUUACAUGUGUUUCCUUGGCUUUUGUGAUUUUUGCUUCAGACUCUUUGGUUCCAGGAGUAAAAUCCUCAAGUUCUAACUCUGGCUCUGCCUGCUCUAUGUUUUCUUCUUCAAUUAGUGUCUCUUCCACCAGGGGGGGAGCUACCCAGUCAUCCUGCUCGAUGUGAUCAUCAAGAUCUUCCUGCAUGGACACAACUGAUUCAUUAUCUACUUGCGGGGGGUUCGCAUUUUCAUUAAGCAUCCUUGUCACAUUUUCGUUUGUGGUUUGUACCAUAAAGCAUAACUUCUCGAACAUAGCGUUCUGAUGAGCCAUAAAGUCCGUCAGUUUAGCUUCUUUAUAUAAUCCGGAGGGAUCGGGUGAGUGGCUUCUCUUAGAAGUGGAUGGGACACUCGAGGUUGAUUCUAUCUCUGUGUUGUCGAGCCUUUCUGUGCGUAAAAUCUUAGAGGCCUCAUGUCGGGAAAUGAACAGAGUUUUCAGCGAGUCUAAGGUAUCCAAAAAUUUAGAAUGCGAUGGCGUCUGGUGUAUUUUGGAUGUGAUAAACAACGGAGCGUAUAUGAGAGCCCGACCUAAAGGCCAUCUUAACAUGGUGCGCUUAAUGUGCUUAUAACGGUGUUCGCUGAGAUUUAGAUCUGAACUGUAGGCUUUUGCAAGCCUUGUUGUAGGAAUGGCAAAGCGCAGUCUGCACUCCAGGUCUGGCGAUAUCGUCUCCCCAAACAAGUCUUUGUAUUCGAGACGUUCUACAACCCAUCCUCUCCAAUCGCUUGGGUAUAGUUCAUCCAAAACAGCUACUAUGUUGUGAAAGAACUUUUCUUCUUUGUCGGACGGCACCCAGUCAGCAAGAUCACCCAUGGUGCAUGGCGCCAUCUGAAAAUAGCGGGCGUUGUUGUACUAGUUUGCAUGUGGUAGUAAGCCCAGAUGACCGUCGGCUGGUCAAGCGACAUUACAGGUGUCGGUUAAAGGUCUUCGCAACUCUACUCACACUCUCGAUGAGUAGUCAACUAGUUGAUCCACCCAAUGGUCACUAGUGGACAACGCGGUGUCAAGGAGUGGCCAACGCGGUGCCAACGAGUGGGUAAUGCGUAUUCAACAGACAACUCGUCUAACCUCAGUUUUCGGUUAAAUUUUGUCCAAAGAAGUCGUGUUGCUUAUGAAAUGUCGAACUUUACAUUCAGUGAACUGGCGAUUAUAGCUAUUAUAUUUGAUAAUGAAAAUGAACGAAACAGCAGGAAAAGAAGAUAUUGGGUACAUGAUAUGUUGCGACAAAGGAAAUCAGAAGGGGAAUAUUGGAAUAUCCGGAAACGUCUGCUAGAUGACGAAGAAAAAUUCUAUAUCUAUUUCCGUAUGCCGAGAUACUUGUUUUAUUAUAUACUUAAUAUUAUUGAGGACGACAUCUACAAAAGAAACACGCGAUUUAGAGAAGCUGUAUCACCGGAAGAAAAGCUGGCAGUGACAUUAAGGUACUUGAUUAGUGGCUGUUCAUUUAGGACUAUGAGUUCAAGCUUUCGGUUAGGCGAAAGUACCAUCCGGUCGAUAUUAAAAGAUGUGUGCAAUGCGAUUAUAAAUACAAUGAAGGGGAAGUUCAUGCCCACACCUACUACCGAAGACUGGAAAAGAAUCGCAGAUGGUUUCAAUAAAAAAUGGAAUUUUCCAAACUGUAUAGGUGCCAUCGACGGCAAACAUGUAAACAUAAUUGCCCCUCCUAGCAGCGGCUCGCUAUUUUUUAAUUAUAAAAAACACUUCUCUAUCGUCCUCAUGGCUAUCGUCGAUGAUAAAUACAGAUUUAUAGCUGUCGAUAUAGGGGCCUAUGGCAGGAAUAGUGAUGGCGGAAUUUUGGCAUCGUCAAGAUUAGGAAGAGCGAUUGAAAUGAAUACAUUUAAUAUUCCAACUGACACACCAUUACCUGGUACUGAAAUAAUAAUGCCACAUGUUUUUGUAGCCGACGAAGCGUUUCCUUUAAAAUGGAAUUUAUUGCGACCAUAUCCACGUUCAAGUGGCAUUUCAGAAAAGGAAAGAAUAUACAAUAAUCGCUUAUCGCGAGCUCGCAGAGUAGUUGAAAACGCGUUCGGCAUCUUAUAUCAAAAAUUUGGAAUUUAUAAUAAGAAUUUGCAUUUACACCCAAAAUAUGUUGAUAUUGUGGUCUUUGCGACGUGUAUUUUACACAAUGUCAUGCGGUGUUAUAAUAUAACAUCCGAUGAUGAAGUCAACACAAGGCAGAGUUCGGCCAAUAAUGAUGAUGAACAGAGAUUACUAAGUAAUCUAAGUACAAUUCCAGAAGAUAUAAGUGAAUCUUCGGCAUCUGCUUUUGAAACUCGUGAUAUGUUUGCAACUUAUUUUCAAUCUCCCGAAGGACGAGUUCCGUGGCAGCAUUUAAUAUAGAUCAUGGAUAAUUAAUAUGUAAUAAUCGUAAGAAGUUGGUUAUAAUAUUAUUGGCUUAUUAAGAAUAUUAAACAAGUUUCUAUACUAAGGUGGGAUUUUAUUACUGAUUACCUAUAUUAAAUAAACGUAAGGCACUUUAUUAUAACAUACAGAAACCCAAACUAAAAAUAAAAUAUAUAUGACGUAGAUUUAAUAUUUUAUAUCAGUAAAUUCUGGGAUUUUAUAUUACUGUAUGUGAAAAAAACUAAUUUUUACGAUAAACCAAGAUUUUUCGAGUGUCCAAGUAGAAAAUCGUAGGUACUGUUAACUGUACAAUAACAUACCUACUUUUUGGAUGUAACAGGUUGAAUUAAAUUUUCUCAACAAUGUACUUUAAUGAAAUGACUUAAAAGUUUUAACAUUAUUUUUAAUAUCUAUUAGAAUCACACAUAUUUAUUUGUUCGAUAGUUGAAUUUCUGUAGAUUAUGGCAAAAUCAAUAACUCAAUACCAACACUGAAAACGUCACAAAUAUAAAUUAAUUAUGUUAAUAGUAUUUUAUGCAAUAGUUGUAUAAGAGGGUUCAAAAAUGGUGAGUGGCGUGGUGAGUGUUAAUGCAACGUCGCAUACAAAACUUUUUCUACGACUAGGGAUUAAAUAUAACAAACACAGCAAUACCGCAUAAUUAAGAGCGGGAAGUUGUAUAGUCACAUAUGACAGUUAGUUUUUGCAAAAUUCAAUUGCAAAAAAGACUAGAUCGACUUUUUUGCAAUUGAAUAAGACUAGCUUUUAUAUAGGUGUUCGGGACUAUAUAAUUAACAGAUAAAUGUACCGGAGUAGAAAAAAAUUCUUACCUGGUUG